UACUCGUGUCUGCACGAAAGUCAGUAAUAAUAUUAUUUUAUUUUUCCAUUCAUUCCUACACAAUACCUCCACUCUUCAAUCCUUUUCAUUUUUUUUACCAUAAAAUAACACCAAUAAUAGUAGUAAAUUAACUUCACUAUUAUUGUUUUGUUUAGUGUUUAGUUUAUGCAAUUAACAAUGAAUCAAGACACUGGAUUAACACUUAACGUAGUAUGUUAAUCCUAAACUAAACUAAUAAAACUCUUUCUUCUUUCUUAUAGAAUGUUUCAUUUUAGUACUUGACAGUUUUCAGCAACUUUCUGAUUUUCUCUCUCUAAUGGAGCAACUCUCUCAACCUGAAACUGUACUAUGUGAGUGUUGUUCCCCUUAGGGAAAGAUGAAAUUGAAGUCUAAGAAAGGAUGGAAAUCCAUUGUACCUCUUCAUUUAAAAGGAAAAUCUGUGACUCGUUUUUCGUUAUUUCGCAAAGUAAAUUCAGCUAGCCAUGGACCUGGAAAAACUCCUGUUUAUCUCAAUGUGUAUGACUUGACACCAAUGAAUGGUUAUGUGUAUUGGGCUGGUCUUGGUAUCUAUCACUCUGGUAUCGAAGUUCAUGGUGUAGAAUAUGCAUUUGGAGCUCAUGACUACUCAACAAGCGGUGUUUUUGAGGUCGAACCUCGGCAAUGUCCAGGCUUCAAGUUCAGAAAGUCGAUAUUCAUCGGAACUACAUCAUUAGAUCCUGUUCAAGUUAGGGAGUUCAUGGAAUGCGAGUCAGCAAGCUACAACGGCGACACAUAUCACUUAAUUGCUAAGAACUGCAAUCACUUCUGCAAAGACAUAUGCUACAAGCUGACCGGAAAAUCAAUUCCAACUUGGGUAAAUCGGCUUGCCAGGCUAGGUUCGAUUUGCAACUGCAUUCUACCUGAAGCAUUAAGAAUUUCUGCGGUAGGACAUGAUCCUAACUAUGAAGCUCGUGAUAGCGAAAAGAGAAAGCUAAGAAGUGCUUUCAGUUCGCUGUCUUCGAUCUCAAUGCGUCAAAAGCAGUUAUCGAAAUCUUCAUUGUUUCUACAAUCACCUUUAAGAGGUUGCUUAUCGUCGAAGUGGCCAUCAUGGGAAUUGAGCAAGUCUAUUAACCGUUCAGUCAAAGAAAGGUAACUGUUGUUUGGCUUUGUCCCUUCAUCUAUGAAAUGCAUGCUUGUAAUUUGUAACAAUUGUAUUGUUACUAUUUUAUUUUUGAGGUAAUGUACCAUGUCUCUUGUUUGUGUUUGUAUUUUGUAAGUAGGUUUAUGUUUGUAAUACAUUUUUUUCCUUAUUACUUUUUCCACAUUUAGCUUGAUGAUUGUUUUUUAUUAGUAAGAAUCAAAUUGGUAUUCUAGAA